ACGACUUAGGUUGAAUUCAAAAUCUAUUGAAUAGUAAUUAAGACCUUUAAUUAGACCAACGUGGGGUAUCGAAGCCAUGAUGUCUCACCACAUCUCAAUAAAACCCAUUCCCAUCUCCCUUUCACUUUUCUAAACACUCUCACUCCCCUUAAUUAAUUACCCUCACCAUGCUCAAACUCAAACUUCAACCACCUCAACCACCACCGUCACCACCGCACCACCGUCUCCUCUACCACCUCUGCCUCCUCCUCCUCUUCACCACCACAACCAAUGCCCUCAUCACUCAAAAAUUCAAAGAAGCCCCACAAUUCUACAACUCUCCAACAUGUCCAUCCCUCUCAUUAAACGACGACGUAUGCGGCGAUCAAGCUGUCCACGUCGCUAUGACGCUUGACUUCCCCUACCUGAGAGGAACCAUGGCCGCCAUUUUUUCCGUCAUACAACACUCCUCUUGCCCGGAAAAUCUCCGCUUCCACUUCAUUUCCUCAUCACCGUCGUCUCAUCAUCUUUACUCCACAAUCACCUCCUCCUUCCCUUAUCUCCACUCUCAUAUCUACACUUUCUCCACUUCUCCGGUCACCGGACUCAUCUCCACUUCAAUCCGCCAAGCCCUAGAUUCUCCGCUCAACUAUGCGCGUAAUUACCUCUCCGAACUCCUCCCACAAUGCGUCAAAAAAGUAGUAUACCUAGACUCCGACAUUAUCCUCGUGGACGAUAUUUCAACAUUGUCGGCAACUCCACUCGGCCCAACCGCAGUCCUCGCCGCACCGGAGUAUUGCAACGCUAACUUCAGCUCUUACUUCACACCCACCUUCUGGUCAAACCCGUCUUUAUCACUAACGUUCGCCGGAAGAAAUGCUUGCUACUUCAACACCGGAGUAAUGGUGAUAGAUUUAGAGAGAUGGAGAGACGGUGAUUACACUAGUAAAAUUAUAGAAUGGAUGGAGUUACAGAAGAGAAUGAGGAUCUAUGAACUUGGUUCGCUUCCGCCGUUUUUGUUAGUGUUCGCCGGUAAUAUAGCUCCGGUGGAUCAUAAAUGGAACCAACAUGGACUCGGCGGCGAUAAUUAUAGAGGUUUGUGUAGAGAGUUGCAUCCCGGUCCGGUGAGUUUGUUGCAUUGGAGUGGUAAAGGUAAGCCUUGGGUUCGACUUGAUAAUAAUAGGGCUUGUCCGUUGGAUGCUUUAUGGGCUCCUUACGAUCUCCUGCAAACGCCUUUUGCUAUCGAGUCUUAACUAGGUCGUGCACGGAAACUUGUCGAGUUUUACGUUUUGACAUUCAUUUCCGUUUUUAAGAAUAUUUUUAAAAUUUUAUAUAUACAUAAGUUUUCGGUUUUAGCGUUUCUGUUUCCGUGCUACAUAGGCAAGAGAAGUCAUACCGAAUCAUACUAUAAAGAGAUAAGUUUUUUUGAGGUUUAUGUUCAAUGAAGGUAGAGAAUAGGUGUGUUUAUAGUACUGUAUUACAGCCAUUAACGGGCCUAAUUAGAGCUUGAGUUUUCUAUUUUAUUUUUUCUGUUUCAAUGGCUCUUUACCUGAGAACGGUAAAAUUUGUAGUUACAGAUAUACUGGAGGGAAUUGUAUAGAGGAUUUAAUCAUAAUAAAAAUUUGUCUAUGCUGUUUCUGUUAAA